GCCAAAAAAAUCUGCCAAUCACCGCCUCUUAGAUUGAGAAUGUUACUCGUUCCGAAAUGUUUAGCUUCCAUGGCUACCACGAAUUCCCUCUUCCUCUUACGAGGUCCGCUGUCGUUCCGAGCUUUGGGUGUGGUCGGGUCGUCAAAGGGUCGUCUUCCACAGUGUCCCAAACUCUUUUAUCCUGCACUUCACUGCCGGAGGUCUUAUGUAAUUGCUGCAACUGAUGAAGAAGCUUCUGCCUCCCUUUCUGUUGUGACUGCCGAUAGUAGAGCCUCGACAAUCUUCGAUAAAAUCAUUGCUAAGGAGAUACCUUCAACCACAGUGUAUGAGGAUGAAAAGGUUCUUGCUUUUCGGGAUAUCAAUCCACAAGCUCCAGUUCAUGUUCUAAUUAUUCCAAAGUUAAGGGAUGGGUUAUCACGGCUCAGUAAGGCUGAAGAAAAGCACACAGAGAUCUUAGGACAUCUUCUCUAUGUUGCCAAAGUUGUAGCAGACAAGGAAGGAAUUUUGGAUGGCUUUCGGGUUGUUAUUAAUGACGGGCCUCAAGGAUGUCAAUCUGUUUACCAUCUUCACUUGCACGUACUGGGCGGGAGACAGAUGAAGUGGCCUCCGGGCUAAGAUUCUAAGAUCUGAUACAAGAAUAGUUCAUAUGUUAUGUUUGUAUCCUCUUACUCUUCUUUUCUCCAUGUUCAUCACCAAACUAUGAUUUGCCCUAUUGAAUUUUCACAAUGUAACAUGGAUCAUCAAACUGUCAUGCAUUUCUAUAACACAGGCUAACCUAAUGUUUCAUUUUCAUAUUUGCGCUUUGAACUGAAAGCUUAACCAUGAGCAGCUAAAAACCAAUCCAGCAUGUGUUGCAAACUUGCAACCUAGAUAGUCAGGGACACAUUGGAGUAGUACUCUGUGAUCCAGUGCAUUAGUGGUCAAAUUAAGGUAUCUGUCUUUUCUUUUCCCACUUUGAAAUCACGGGGGAGCAUGAAGACGUUGACUAGGAAAUAUUUGUGCAACAAAUUUGAAAUAGUUAGAGGAUAAUGAAUUCAUGACAAUUGUCAAUGUGGUCUAUGCUUUCAAUUUUGCUAGAGUGCAUCCAUAGUUUUUCAAGCUUUUCUGAAUAAAAUCCGUCAUCAGUUUCCUUCCCAUAGUCAUCAACACCAUGGUCAAAAGUGUAAUUUCUACCUUUUUUCAGCAUUCACAAUAUGUUGUCCUCUUAUCCUUGGAUUAGAUCUCUCUAGUUUUGCCAAUCUCACCUAGUCACCUUUUCAAUAAUCAGUGCAGCCACAAUAGGAUGCUUCAAAUUCAUAGUGAAAUGUUCUUCAAACAAGUAUAUCCCUCGUUCAUUAUAUUCAACUUGAACUCCCCCACAAUGAUUUAAACAGCUUAGCUUGCACAGUUAUAAGGUGUUGCGCACACACCAUUAUAGAGUUUUCUCCCUUGGCCAAUCUGGGGUUUGAUAGGUUUCACGGCUACUUGCAUGCUUUUCUAGUUUUCUGUCUCAAUUUCACAGUUAGAAAGCAGCAUUGCAUAUAGAAGGGUUAUGUUGGACGUCAUAUUAUUCUUAACAGGUGAAGUUCUUAUUCUUCCGAGAUAACCAUGGCUGUCUUUGGCUGACUUAUGGCGCUUGGUGAGAGGCAUUAGUUAAUACAGAGUACUAAAACCCUUAGAAAUCACAGUUUUCAAUGCAGAUAUAUUACCAGACCGGCAUUAAACUUGUCAUUAGUUAAUACGGAGUACUAAAAACCUUAGAAAUCACGGUUUUUAAUGCAGAUAUAUUACCAGACCGGCAUCAAACUUGUCAUGGGCUCAUGGCGGACUGUACAUGGUUGUUUGGCUGUAACCUUCUGAUUUGGCAUUUUUGGGCCCUUUAGAACGCCUAUAGGUUCCUUUAUCACGGGCAGAGUUUCGAGUCCAUGUUCAUAACUUAUGAGUGAAAGGUAGGUAUAUACUACCUCCUCAUUUUAUGCGUAUUGUUUUGGUUUGACACAAUUAUUAUCAAGUGUUUCAAAGUGUAAAAGUUAUGGUUGAAAUUUGAGUAUAAUAAAGUGGAAUGAUAUGGAUUGCAU